AGAACGCUGAGACACACAUGGACUCUUAAGCUCAGUCCACAUGUGUGGACUGUCCCAGAAGCUGCAGAGUUCUCACAUGGACUCAGUGCGUCUGAAGGGAAGUGCAGCUGCUUGGAUGUCACUUACUGUACACGUGGUACAAAGAAAAAAAAGAACAGCCCUGGGAUGGAAACAGGUUUUUCUGGUUGAUGUUGUUUGUUUACUUUUUAUAAACAUGAUCACGCUACAACUUACACGACUUUGGAGAAUCAAGCUGUAGCACUGGACCUGAACUCUGUUGACCAGGUAGAGCUGUGAACCUGUAGCGCUGGUGAGAGCGAUUUGUUUGGAUUCUGAUUCUUUUCUGUCGCUGCUGCUGUUUGUUUAUCAUCAGGGUAACAGUAACAUUAAUGUUUUUGUCUCUGCUUCAAACAGAAACUUUAUCACAUAAAUCUACUUGUGAAUGUUUGAAUUUGGUCUCAAUCUAAAGUUUUUGGCGGUUACUGAUGAGGAUGAUGACGCCUUCCUCCUCUUUCUGCCAGUAAAAAGUAGAUGUGAUAUGACGUCCCUUGGGAUUUAUAGCAUCAUAAGCAUCACGAUGGUUAAACUGGUCUCAGACCGGUAUACAAUAGAAAGAGACCGCCGUUUUUACUGAUUGUUUGUUUGUUUGUUUUUGUUUAUCUUCUUUUAAAACCACCAGCAGCAGCCUCGUUCUUGGCGGGUGACAAGUUUUGAAAGUGUUUUUUCCACGAACGACACGUCGGAUAGGAUAGGACUUAAUCCCACAAUGGGAAAAUUCUUGUGUUACCAAGAUACACAUUUCUGCAAUUGUUAGGUCAUAACAAUUAUUCCUUUCGAACGUGCACUGCAGCCAUAGAGGAACGCGGACUUCUACGCAGACCGCGCCACAUCCAUAGAAGUUCCCGGCGAACGUUUGGACGGACACCUGUCGCUCAACAAACACGUCACCAGAGUAAUGUGUUUACGCUAGGUGUUUACAGUAUGAACAAACACCGCGAGAUUUCCCAGACAGCUCGGGAAACUGUGCGAGAUCUCGACAGAAAUAUAAUACGCCAAAAAUAUCAAAUAAAUCAGCCCUUAUACAAAACCAUAUUAUGGACAAAAGCUUGGAACUUAUGUGCAUAACAGAAUCAAUUAUUAUUAUUAUUAUGACUUUGUCAUUAAAUGGUGGUGAAGCACAAUUACAGUAACUUCUUCCUUGUGUUUGGGGUCUAGCUGGAGCUCCUACCUCUCUGUGGCUGGAUGUUAAAUGUGAACUGACCUCAUGUCUCCCAGCAGGUGUGGACUCAGCUAUGAAUCAGUGUGAGCACAGAGAGGAGGGGGCUUCUCCCUCUAACAACAUGACAGGACCAUGUGGGGAUCCUGAGAGCCAGAGCAAGUCUCAGAUGCAGAGGCAGAGAUCAGAUUCUUCUGGACCCAGCAGGGUCUGUGAAUGGUCUAUGAUUCAAUCUAUUUACUUCAAAGAUGAACAACCUGCUGAUGGAAGAGAUGAUGAAGAGAGCUCAGAGGUUCCCAGAGAUCAGUCUGCCAGGCAGCAUCAACCAGACCUGGACUCUGUGUUUCUGCUGCUGGAGGAGAACAUUGUCACCUUUGUGAAGAUUGAGCUGAAGAAGAUCAAAAGCGUCCUGAGAGCAGAUUACCCAGAAUGCUUAGAGAGUCAGAAGGAUGAGGAGCAGGAGUCAUUUCUGAAGAUCACGCUGAACUUCCUCAGGAGAAUGAAGCAGGAAGAGCUGGCUGAGCGACUGCACAACAAAACUGAUGCUGCAGUGUGUCGAUGUAAACACAAGUCUAACCUGAAGCAGAAGUUCCAGUGUGUGUUUGAAGGCAUCGCUAAAGCAGGAAACCCAACCCCUCUGAACCAGAUCUACACAGAGCUCUACAUCACAGAGGGAGGGACUGGAGAGGUCAACAAUGAACAUGAGGUCAGACAGAUUGAAACAGCCUCCAGGAAACCAGUCAGAGCAGAAACAAGCAUCAGACCUAAGGACCUCUUUAAAGACUCAGCUGGAAGAGAUGGAGCCACCAAAACAGUGAUGACAAAGGGAGUGGCUGGCAUUGGGAAAACAGUCCUAACACAGAAGUUCACUCUGGACUGGGCUGAAUACAAAGCCAACCAGGACACAGACUUCACAUUUCCAUUUACAUUCAGAGAGCUGAAUGUGCUGAAAGAGCAAAAGUUCAGCUUGGUGGAACUUGUUCAUCACUUCUUCACUGACACUAAAGAAGCAGGAAUCUGCAGGCUUGACCAGUUCCAGGUUGUUUUCAUCUUGGACGGUCUGGAUGAGUGUCGACUUCCCCUGGACUUCAACAAUACUAAAACCCUGACUGAUGUCACAGAGUCCACCUCAGUGGAUGUGCUGCUGACAAACCUGAUCAGGGGGAACCUGCUUCCCUCUGCUCGCCUCUGGAUCACCACACGACCCGCAGCAGCCAAUCAGAUCCCUCCUGGCUGUGUUGACCUGGUGACAGAGGUCAGAGGGUUCACUGACCCACAGAAGGACGAGUACUUCAGGAAGAGGUUCACAGAUGAGCAGCAGGCCACAACAAUCAUCUCCCACAUCAAGACGUCACGGAGCCUCCACAUCAUGUGCCACAUCCCAGUCUUCUGCUGGAUCACUGCUACGGUUCUGGAGGAUGUGUUGAAAACCAGACAGAGACCAAAGUUGCCCAAGACCCUGACUGAGAUGUACAUCCACUUCCUGGUGGUUCAGACCAAAGUGAAGAACAUCAAGUAUGAUGGAAGAGCUGAGACAGAUCCACACUGGAAUAAAAAGAGCAGGAAGGUGAUUGAGUCUCUGGGAAAACUGGCUUUUGAGCAGCUGCAGAAAGGAAACCUGAUCUUCUAUGAGUCAGACCUGACAGAAUGUGGCAUCGAUAUCAGAGCAGCCUCAAUUUACUCAGGAGUGUUCACACAGAUCUUUAUAGAGCAGAGAGGACUGUACCAGGACAAGGUGUUCUGCUUCGUCCAUCUGAGUGUUCAGGAGUUUCUGGGCGCUCUUCAUGUCCAUCUGACCUUCAUUAAGUCUGGAGUCAACCUGAUGUCACAACAACCAAAAUCCCCGUGGUCUAAACUGAUUAGACUUGAGCUAAACCAACUCCAUCAAAGUGCUGUGGACAAGGCUUUACAGAGUCCAAACGGACACCUGGACCUGUUCCUUCGCUUCCUCCUCGGUCUUUCGCUGCAGACCAAUCAGAUGCUCCUACAAGGCCUAAUGACCCAGACAAAAAACAGCUCACAGACCAGUCAUAACACAGUCCAGUACAUCAAGAAGAGGGUGAGUGAGACUCUGUCUGCAGAGAGAAGCAUCAACCUGUUCCACUGUCUGAAUGAACUGAAUGAUGAUUCUCUAGUGGAGGAGAUUCAACAGAACCUCAGAUCAGGACGUCUCUCCACUGAUAAACUGUCUCCUGCUCAGUGGUUGGCUCUGGUCUUCAUCUUACUGUCAUCAGAAGGAGAUCUGGGCGUGUUUGACCUGAGCAAAUACUCUGCUUCAGAUGAGGCCCUUCUGAGGCUGCUGCCUGUGGUUAAAGCCUCCAACAGAGCUCUACUCGGUGGAUGUAACCUGUCUGACAGAAGCUGUGAAGCUCUGUCCUCAGUUCUCAGCUCCCCGUCCUCUAGUCUGACAGAACUGGACCUGAGUCACAAUUACCUGCAGGAUGCAGGGGUCCUUCAGCUGUCUGCUGCACUGGACAGACUGGAAACCCUCAAGCUUGGAGGCUGUAACCUCUCAGAGAGAAGCUGUGAAGCUCUGGCCUCUGUUCUCAGCUCCCAGGCCUCUCGUCUAAGAGAACUGGACCUGAGUAACAAUGACCUGCAGGAUUCAGGGGUGAAGCUGCUUUCUGCUGGACUAGAAAAACAAGACUGCAGACUGGAAGCUCUCAGUUUGUCAGGUUGUAUGAUCACAGGUGAAGGCUGUGCUUCUCUGGCCUCAGCUCUGAGCUCCAACCCCUCCCAUCUGAAGGAGCUGGACCUGAGCUACAACCAUCCAGGAGACUCAGGAAUGAAGCCGCUGCUUGUUGGACUGGAGGAUCCUCACUGGAGACUAGAAACUCUCAGGUUGGACUGUUGUGGACUGCAGAUGAUGAAACCUGGUCUGAGGAAGUGGGUCUGUGAACUGGAACUGGACCCUCACACCGUCAACACAAAGCUGCAGCUGUCUCACAACAACAGGAAGGUGACACGCGUGAAGAAGGCUCAGCCGUAUCUCGAUCAAGCGGUCAGAUUUGACGUGUGGCCUCAGCUGCUGUGUGGAGACGCUCUGACCGGUCGCUGCUACUGGGAGGUCGAGUGGAGAGGAAAUGUUGAUGUUUCAGUGAGUUACAGAGGGAUCGGACGGAAAGGAGACAGUUACGACUGCUUGUUCGGAGGAAACGCUCAGUCCUGGUGUCUGAACUGCUUUAGCGGUCAUUACGUCGCCUGGCACAAUAACAGGGCCAGAUCUCUCCCCUCUCCCUCCGUCUCCAACAGAGUAUCGGUGCUGGUGGACUGUUCUGCUGGGACUCUGUCCUUCUACUGUGUCUCCUCUGACAAACUGAUCCACCUCCACACCUUCAGCACCACGUUCACUGAACCUCUGUAUCCUGGGUUCAGGAUCACUUCUGGUUCAGUCACUCUGUGUAGUGUGAAGGUGUGAGUGUCUCUCUACUUGAAGCCUGUUCUGGAUCAGGGUUGUCGGGCUGCUCAACCGCCUCUGAACUUAUUUCCUGUGGCCAGAAAAACGACUUAACCAUUAAUGCAUUUCAUAUAUUUUUAUAUUGUAGACAAAACAAACUUGCGUUCUUCAGUGUCAGACCAAAAACAGAGAAAUCUAAUAAACAUCUUUACGUAACCAGGUGAACCAGGUUAUACUGUAAUAAUGUUAUAAUUACACAAAACCUGAUUAUUGCACUAUAUAAAAUACUGUAAUGCUACGACAGAUGCACCACCCCCGAGUCUUCCCUUUUCCUCAUGACUUCUGUGGGUGAGGUGGGUGCUGUUUCGCAGUACAUUAUGCAUUACAUUAUACAAUACAAUAGUUUCAUACAGUCUAGCCUAGUCAUUUUGGUGCCGUAGGCGAGAACAUGGACCCCCCCCAAAAAAAGUGAGCGGUGCCCCCUUAAGCCAUUUCGCCAUUGCCCAGAGCCAGCCUUGGUUUCAUGUCAAGUGUUGUUCAGAUUGUUUAUAUUUUAUAUUGUUUAUGUUCAGAUUCAGAUUGUUUAUAUUUUUAAAAGUAUCAAUAAAUAUAUAUAUUGAAAGCGGUACAAAGUAAGCUAACUUCAGUUACACUACGUGUUUGUGUCCGGUGCAUUUGGGUACAGGAGAGAUAUUUACCCAGGUGCGGGUUUGUGUUUUAUUCUUUACCAGCAUAAACUGGAAUUAUUCUGAAUCCGGACUGUGAGUCUCUACUAUUGUACAACCACUACACAACGCAGAAUUACACUGGUUACAUUUAUGCAGAAUCAGAAUUGUUAUGAAGACAGUUGGUUUAAUGUAUAAUCAAUGUAUUAGUUUACUAUUACAUGAAUAGCCACUUGUUGCCAUCUGUCAUUAAUUAACAACAAUCCACAGAAAUGUUUUUUUUUCCUUUUUAAUUACCGAAAUUAAACAUUCAAUGUUUGAGACACCAGUAAAAAACACAAAGCAUGAAUAUUGAAUCAAACGGUGGCUUUAAUCUAAGUAAUAAACUGUGUGCGGAAGUGGAAGUUUGACCUCUAGUGACAUCAUCCAGUACAACACAGUCGAACAUACAGUAGAUAUCCCACAAAUGCUUGAAUGGAAUGAGACCUGGAGAAUUUGUAGCUACAGUAGAUCAGCACCUCUGACUCCACCAUUACUGAACUAGGUUUGUUUUGUCGCACUGAGCAUGAAUAAAAUACAUAUGACAGUC